GAAAAUCACACCAAUUUUUUUUUUUCUUCUUUUUAGUUUUAUAAGAUAACGUAAAUUUUCCUAUUAUUAUUCGGUUAGCUUUGUUUCAUGAGUAGAAACAUCAUAUUCAUAUCCCAUCCUUUCACAGUUCCCGUCUUCAUCAAAACUCUCUCUGCACUCCCAAACUCCCACAAAAUCUCUUCUCCUGAUUGUUUUUUCGAUUAAUUAACAAUUAUUUUUUCCUUUUCUGUUAGCUAUAAAAAUGGCAUUUUCCAUAAAUACUUCUCCUUUUCUCCUAAAUCCUCUCGAUUCUCCUCUCCUUUCCUCAGUGCUCUCUCCUCCCCAACACCUCGCCGCACCGAAUCCCAUCUCAAACGAUUGUACAAGUCCCAAGGUUUUGCGUUUGGGUCGUCGUGGAGCAGGCGCCGCCACCGUGAAGUGCCGGGCCACCGCCGAGAACAGAGUUAUGUCCGGCGAUAGAAUGUUGGUUUUUGUGCCGCCACAUCCUUUAAUCAAGCACUGGAUUUCAGUUCUUAGGAAUGAGCAGACACCAUGCCCCAUCUUCAGGAAUGCUAUGGCCGAGCUUGGGAGGUUUCUAAUUUACGAGGCAUCAAGAGACUGGCUGCCGACUAUCACUGGAGAGAUUUCUUCACCAAUGGGUGCUGCCUCUGUGGAAUUUAUCGAUCCAAGGGAUCCCAUUGCUAUUGUUCCCAUACUGAGAGCUGGCCUUGCUCUUGCGGAGCAUGUAUCUUCUGUUCUGCCAGCAACAAGCACGUACCAUUUAGGGAUUAGCAGGGAUGAAGAAACACUCCAGCCGACUGUAUAUCUGAACAAAUUGCCCAAAGAAUUUCCCAAAGACGCUCGAGUAUUUGUUGUGGACCCCAUGCUCGCAACAGGUAAGUAUUUUGAGUUUUAA